AUGCCGCCAAACCAAGGCAUACUCGACGGCGGUGGCCAAUGGGAGGAAACAAAGGAUGAGCUCUACUACGACAACCUGAGUAGCGCGUCCAGCGAUGGCAGCCUUAGUCCCAUCGGCAGCCUCAAGGGCGGCAUUCCGGCCGGCGGCGGCAAGAGUUUUCUCGGCCGAGCGGCAUCUUCGCUCCUGUGGCGAGCAAGAAGCCCUCAGACGGCACGGGGCGACCUGAGACGGACGGCGUAUCUCGACGGCGUCCGUGGCUUUGCCGCGUUCAUGGUCUACCUGCAGCACCAUCAACUGUGGGCGCACAGCCAAAAGGAUCACAACGUGCUGGAGUCCUCGUUUGGCACCAACGGCCAAGUCUACCUCGCCACGCUCCCCGGGGUGAGGGCAUUUUUUAUCGGUGGCCACUUUGCCGUCGCCAUAUUUUUCAUCAUAUCCGGCUACGUCCUGUCGACCAAGCCCCUGUCGCUCAUCCACGCCGGCGACCAUGGCCGCCUCUCGGAGAACGUCGGGUCCGCCCUCUUCAGGAGGUGGCUGCGGCUGUACAUACCGCUGAUCGUGACGACGUUUGCUUUCAUGGCGUUCUGGAACGUCAGCCGGAUCUGGGUGUACGGCAUGGUGCACGAAAAGACGUUUAGGGACGAGCUCUGGCGCUGGUACUCGGAGGGCAAGAAUUUCACCUUUGUCUUCACGCAGGGCGGGGACCCCUGGUUUCGGUACAACCCUCACCUGUGGUCGAUACCGGCAGAGUUCAAAGGCUCCGUGGUGGUGUACACCACCCUGAUUGCACUGUCUCGAUGCACCCGCAACGCGCGACUCUUGUGCAUGGUUGGUCUGAUGUACUACUUUAUGUACAUUGCCGACGGGUGGUACGGGGCCAUGUUCAUCAUGGGCAUGUUUCAAUGCGAAAUCGACCUGCUGUCGGCGAGGGGGGAGCUGCCGUCGCUCCUGGCGAGGUAUAGCGGCGUCGGGCCCGUCAAGAAGCUCGUCAUGUGGCACCUCUUUGCCCUGGCCGUCUACCUGGGCGGCGUCCCGUCCCACGACCUCAAGAUCGAGACCCUCCGGACCAACCGGGGCUGGUACUACCUGUCGUUCCUCAAGCCGCAGGCAGUGUUUGACUACAAGUGGUUCUACCUCUUCGUGGCGGCCUCCAUCGCCAUCGCCGUGAUCCCGCGCCUGCCGCCGCUCAAGCGCUUCUUCGAGACGCGCUUCUGCCAGUACCUGGGCCGCAUCUCGUACGGUCUGUACCUGGCCCACGGGCCCAUCAUCUGGCUGGUCGGGGACCGCAUCUACACGGCUGCCGGGUGGCACGGCGAGGAGCAGGUCAAGAACCUGCCGGGCUGGGUCGACAAGUUCCCGCUGCCCAAGACGGGGCCUUUCGGGAUGGAGCUGGGCUACCUGCUGCCGCACCUGGUCCUGCUGCCGCUGACGCUGUGGGUGUCGGAGCUGGUGACGCGGUUCGUGGACGAGCCCAGCGUGCGCUUCUCGCAGUGGUUGUAUGGCAAGACGCUGGCUCCCAAGCCUAUCAAGGCGAUAGGGGAGGCGUAG